CAUUGGGCCAGGCCAGAACCGGAUCCGGAUCAUUAUUCUUCUCUUCCAAACACUGAAUUUGGCGGGAAAUCCCAAGCGUCGCGCGGGAUGCCUAAAUCACUAAACCCUAAUUUGUCGCCCCACAGUGCGGCACAAGUCCACCGCCGGUCUAUUUCCUCCGCCGUCUACUGAACGAAAACAUCGUUUGUCUAUUUCUAACACUCUCACUUUUUCGCUCUAGUUUUCACUUCUCGCCAUGGUUGUGCUCAGAAAUCGUGAAAUACUCCCUACUGAACCCACCCCGAAAUACCUAACUAAACAGUCCACACCGGAGCCUGUCACUCCUAACCCAAUUCACGAACCAUCCGCGAGCCGGUCCAGCCAGUCUCCGCCCUCGCUCUCCCCGAACCUCGAAAAUCACGAAUUGGGCUCAGAUUGUAAAUCCACCCUGAGACGGAGUCUCCGUCUGGCUUCCAAAUCUGUUGCAGCUGAUGGUUACGUUGAAAAUGGUUCGCGUAAGAGGAAGGGCGCCACCAGCAUUCGAUCGAUGGAAGAGAAUAAAGUGGUUGAAGACCAAAUCGUUAAUGAAGGUAAAGCGAAAGGUGAUGAUGUAGAUUGCAAAAUUAAGGAAGUUCUGAGUUUGAGGUCUGGUAAACGCGUUGUUAAGAGAAGAGUGGAAUAUAAUAGUGGUGAUAAGCCGGUUACUGAGAAAGGAAGAGAAGGUAAAGACGAAGAUUUGAAUGCUGAGGAAGUGACUAGAGAGAAAGGAAAGGGCAAAUUAGGUGAGGAAAUGGAGUAUGAUGUUGGCCAAGGUGUGGUGAAUAUAAUUAAUAAAUUGGAGAACAAUCAAGACACUUAUGAGAGCUGUAAUUCCAUGGUAAGGAAGAGAUAUAGUGAAGAGCAGAAAGGGAAAGGAAAGCUGGUUGAUGAUGGUUCAGUAUCAAAUGUUAAAGAAGCACUGGAAUUGAAAUCUAUGGUUAAGGAUUUAGUUGAUAGUUUGGGGGAUACUGUGGCUAUGGAAAAUGGAAGGCAGUCUAAGAAGGCAAACAAAAGGGUGACUGUAUCAAGAAUGGAACAAUUUCGGGAUAUAGCUAGGCAAAAUGCUUCUCGAUUUGCUCAUUUUGAAAAUCAAGAGCAAGAGGAGGAACAUUUGCCUUCACAGGUUGAUGUAGAAAUGCCAUCAGUGCAAGGGAAUCAGGAAAUUGAAGACUGGCCAGGUCCUUUCUCUACUGCUAUGAAGAUUAUUAGGGAUAGAGAAAGUAAGGCUAACUCACGGCAGGGUCCAUCUACUUUAGAAAAAGCAAAAUCUGUGCCAAUUACAUGGAUUCCUAGAAGUAGUAAAGGCUCCAAAUGCUCGAAAGCAUCCAUUCCUUCAUUGCAAGAACUAUGCAUGAGAAUAAUUGUCAAUAAUUGUGAUGCAGUUAGUUCACUUGAGCAUGUCCCAGAUGCUUUGAGGCACAGACUUUGCCAACUGCUCUGUGAUAGUAAGAGAAUGAAUAGUCAUUUUUUGGACCUUCUUGUCCAUGGAUCCCCUACAGAGAUACGUGUUAAGGAUUGUUCAUGGCUGACAGAAGAAAAUUUUCUGAAAAGUUUUGAGGGCUGUGACACCAACAAUUUAACGGUUUUACAACUUGACCAAUGUGGUCGUUGCAUGCCAGAUUAUAUUUUACCUGCUACCUUAGCAAGGUCAUCAAGAAGCUUGCCUGCACUAAUUUCUUUAUCCCUAGCUGGUGCCUGUCGGCUUUCAGAUAUAGGACUGAGUUCAAUUGUUUCUUCUGCUCCUGCAUUAAGAUCCAUAAAUCUCAGUCAAUGCUCCCUUCUUACUUCCACUGGCAUAGUCACUUUAGCGGAUUCGUUGGGAUCAGUUCUGCAGGAAUUGUACAUUGAUGAUUGCCAAAGCCUGGAUCCUAUGCUUCUUUUGCCAACAUUGAAGAAGCUAGAACAUCUGCAAGUAUUAUCACUGGCUGGAAAUCAAACUAUUUGUGAUGAUUUUGUCAGGGAAUUUCUUGCUGCUCGUGGUCAUAAUAUGAAGGAGCUUGUUUUGUCGGAUUGCGUGAAAUUGACUGAUUCUUCCAUUAAAGUUAUUGCUGAAACUUGUCCUGGGUUAUGUGCACUAAACCUUGUUAACUUGAGGAAAUUAACAGAUUUUUCUUUGGGAUAUCUUGCAAAUGGUUGCCAAGAAAUUCAAACAUUAAAACUCUGCCGCAAUGCAUUCAGCGAUGAAGCUAUUGCUGCUUUCGUGGAAACCUCUGGGGAGGUUUUAAAAGAUCUUUCACUGAACAAUGUCAAGAAGGUUGGAAACAAUACAGCCUUGUCCCUUGCUAGACGUUCAAGAAACUUGCUAAGUUUGGAUUUAUCUUGGUGCCGGAACUUGACAGAUGAAGCUGUGGGUUUGAUUGUGGAUAGUUGUUCAUCAUUGAGGGUCCUUAAACUCUUCGGAUGUGGUCAGGUCACAGAAGUGCUCCUAGACGGCCACUCGAAUCAACAUGUACAAAUCAUUGGUCUGAAGAUGUCUCCAGUGUUGGAACAUAUCAAGGUUCCUGAUUCACAAGAAUUUCCACUGCGAUAUUCCUGGGUACCUUCUAUGUAGAACUGGCAUGGACUAUGGAAGUUGGUUUACCAGAUGUAACUCUCUAACAAGUUAGAAUGGUUUUCUACAAGCCAAAUACGUUAUUAUUUAUAUAUUAUAAUACCCUGUGUUUCUCUUUCAA